AUGAGUGAAUUCCUGGAACAGCAGAAAUCGCAGCCAAGCGAUGGAGGAUCAAAAGUUAGCGGAUUCCUCAACAAAAUUUCGGAUUUCGGAUUUUACUUCCUUCUUAAGUCUAUAAUACUUAUAUUCGAAAGAAUAGAGACAUUGAACACGAUCCUGCAAGGACAAGCACUUGAUUUUAAUAAAGCAACCAAACAAGUAGAAACUGUGAAAACGUUUUUGCUGUCGAUUCGCAAUGAAGGCAGGUAUGGUGAAUUGUGGAACAAUGUUAAAACAGAGUCUGAGCAAUUGGAUUUGAACGAACCAAUAUUGCCCAAAAGAAGGAAUGUCUCAAGGAAAGUAGAUGACAUGAGACAAACCGAACACAAUUUUGACGAUGUUAAACAAUUUUACCGCCAGAUGUACUAUGAAAUUAUUGACAUGACAGUGACUAGCUUGACGACAAGAUUUGAGGGGGAUACAUUGAAGCAUCUCAGAAAAGUUGAGGCAUUUGCGCUGGACAAAGCGGAAAAUGCAAAUGAUGUGACAUCCUUCUAUAAAGAAGACUUCGAUGGCGAUAGAUUGGCCCUUCAUAGAAACAUGUUAUUGGAUAUUACAUCACAGCGAAAUGUCGAACUUGAAUCUAUACAGGAUAUAGUGACAAAUCUGAGCAGUCAUAGCGAGCUUUAUGAUAUUUUACCUGAAUAUUUAAAAUUCAUAAAGUUGUUGCUGGUAAUACCAGUCUCAUCAUGUACGGACGAAAGAUCUUUCUCGUCAUUGAGAAGAUUGAAAUCAUUUUUAAGAUCAACAAUGAGCCAGAAGAGAUUAAAUGAUGUAUUGAUACUGAAUGUUCAUGGCGCCAUGAUGGAAAAUCUCGAUUUGGAACAACUCUGCAAUGAGUUCAUCAAACGGUCCUCUGUUAGGAUGAACUCUUUCUCAUUGUUCGAUCCUAGAGAAAAAUGA